UAGUGUCAGCAUUCAUUCGCAUUCGUUCUGACACACAUAGAAUAUUUUUCCAAUUUUUUCGUUUUUUCGUCUGACCCAUGUAUCGACACGUUACCAUAAUUAUUUUUCACACCAUCAUUUGAAGAGCUAGUGUGUCUCUGAAUCGAAUCCGAAAUAAUUCGAGAAAAUCGGGAGCAGAAUUUUUUCUCUUCUUGAAACGUGAUUGAAAAAUGGUGCGACGACGACGAUGAAAGGGAACUGGAUUGGAGGCGAUAGUUUUUUGGAAUUUGAAUGUUGUGUGCUUGGAAAAGACGAAUCAAAGUGUUGGCUCUCUAAUUGCUAGGAUCCUAGGAUAGUGAAUGCGUCGAACCACACACAUGGUUGAUGGCGACAUUUUCUGUACAAACAACAGGAAAUGCAACAGACCCAGCGCUUUAUACAUUCGGUAUCUGAUUUAUAUAUCACAGAUGAAAUAGAUCUGUUACUCGAGGAAAUCAAGGACUUCGAACCGGCCUGCUACCAGUUGGAAGACUUACAAGAUUUCGAUAUCGCUGGCAGCAGAGCCGAUGAACUAUCUCUACCAAUUGAAUUAGAAUCGCCAAUAGGUACCAUCACAUCAUGGGACUCGCACAUCAAUUAUAGAAAUCACAUGAAUCAAACGCCGCUUGCAUGGGGCGUUGCAUUGCACUGCAAUGCCAAACAUUUCAAAUCACGUACAGGGAUCGUUAGAAUAUUAUUAGUGUUAUCAUCAGCCGCGUGUUUGUUCACCGAAUGCUCUGCUGGUACUGUGCAAGUUGGGCUAUUUUUACUGCCAUUACUCGGACGAUUACGAUUGAUGAUGUUUUCCGCACUCAUUUCAAUACUCCUUACCUGUUCACUCAUAUUCUUAGAUGUAUCCGCUAUUGCACUGAUGUUUCCAUUUAAUUGGGGUAAAGUGAACACGUAUUUUUACUUUUGUGUCGGUAUGCUGUUCCUAAUCUCGUCCACAUUAAUAUUGCACACGGUUUUAUUCGCCGAAGAAUUUGUUUGGGUGCCGAAAUACACGAAAGACACGCUAUUUAUUUCAGCGAUGAUUGGAUACGUGUGUGCCAUCGAGGCGAUAGCAUUAACAUUAAUGGCACAUUUUACAAGCAGCAAAUACCGUCAAGUACCUAAUGAAGAUGAAGCUGAUCUUGUCUCGGGAAAAUGCCGUGAAAUGAGCCCAAUCACACACACAAAUCAUCGCGACUACCCCAAUCAUACGAACAAUAUCAAUGGUGCAAAUGAUAAUGGCUACGCGUACAAUAAUCACGUUAAUUGUACCCAAAAUACAAUAUCAUCACCAGAGUGCAAUCAAAAGCCUUAUAUACCUGAAAAACGUCCUGAUAAAGCAAAUAACCGAAGACCGACACUUGGCUAUAUUCAAAACCACAGGCCGAACAACAGAUACCGGCAAGGAUAUCAUUAUCAACCCGUUGCAUCGACAUCGCAUCUCAGUCCCACUUUUGUUUUAGAUCCAAUACCCGGACCAUCACAAUCCAAUUGUAAUUCAAGUGCGUGAUAUAAUUUACAUAAUAUUGAUUUUGUUAAUUUUCGGUAAAACCAAAAUAUUCAAAGUGUAUAGUUGAAAGUAAAAAGUAAAUGAACUAAAUGAAAAUGGAGGACAAAACCAAAUAUGAAAACCAACAAUAAAGCAACAACAAGAACAACAACAACAACAAAGGAAAUUUAAAACAAUAACGAUUUAUUAUGUAAUUCAUAUAUAGCUUAAUCGAUAUUUAAAAGAAAAAAAAAAUAACGGAAAAAAUAUUUAUUUAAAACUGAAAAAAAUGAAUAAUCAAAUGAUCUAUGCAAUUAGCGAAAGAAAAGAAAUAUUUAUAAAAAAUAAUAAUCGAGAAAAUUACUCUAAUAAACGAAUUUGGUGAAAAUUGUCCAACGGUUUCAUCGAUAUGCGAACGCAUUGCUGAAUCAUCGACCGAAUUAAGCCGAUUCGUUUAUUUUGUCGGAGUAAUUCUGAUGAACGUGGAAAUUGAGACAGAAAAUAUAACACACACACACACACACACAAAAAAAACACGUAGCCGAAGAUCUAGAUUUUUCAUAUGAUUAAACUAAAACACCAUGUUUUGUGGGAUAAUGAGAGAAAAAAAUGGUGCCCAUAAAAUCGAUAGAAAAUUUGCUAUGUAAAAGCUCGAGCACAAAUCCACAAUGAAAGAUUUCCCAAGGCGUGUGCUCUACUUGCCGCCUUGAACAGUUUGCCGCGAAAUCUUGUUUGAAAAUGCACCAGCGCAAAAGAAUUUUAAAUUGAUAGGAAUAACAAAGGGGUCACUUUUAUCAUUUUGAUUAUUAUACAUUGAAUUAAAAAUGGAGUGAAAUAGUAAAAUUAGCGGAGAUGGCACGUUUUCGAUGCGCGAUUCACACAAUUCAAUGAGCGGAUCUCUGUCCAUGAAACACAAUACACCAUAAAUGCUGAUUUGAACUACAAUUGAUUUGUGAUUUUUUCUUUCUUUCUUGAACUCAUUUUGUUGUUACAUUUGUAAAAAUGAAUUUAUUGAAAACAGAAGGAGAGUGUCUGUUCAACACGUUUUUGGAGAGGUUCAAAUUGGGUUUGAACAUAGUUUUGUCGAGAAAAAAAAGUUUUGCCUCGUUUUGCAAACCGAAAAGAUCAUUUCAAUAUUAUGGAAUUUCGAAGGCGGUUCUCGAUCUAUUAAUCAUCAACAUUUUUCCGGGCUUUAUGAAAAUGCCUUUAGCAAGCAUUGCAGAAGCCACUUUCGCACCCACAGCCUGAUGAUGCACAAACACAACCACACAUUUUUGUUUAGUUAGAAUAUUUCAUGACAAAAUCAACACAUUUCAUCACUUUCUUCUCCAAAACAAUUUCAUACCAACCAAAAUCUCCAACUUGAAAACAAUCAUCAACCAAGGAAUUUUUUUUCGAUCCAAACGAUAUCUCUUCAUACUUCAGCUGAAUCCAGAAAUGAAUCGCAGUUUAACGUCAUAUAUAACAUAACAAAGGGCACACACCAAGUUGCGUUUUUUUUAUUUCGCCAUUGAACAAGUAUUCAAGCUAAUUUAGAGAUAAAAAUAACAACAACAACAACAACAACAA